AUGGAUUCUAAGCUCCUAAUUGGACCGGGGUUCCCGACACCGGACCCGACUUCCCGUGCACCCUGGAAUAUCACCUCCAUCAGCCCUCGCCGGUCCCUGGAGCUUUCAUCGAUGGCUACAACUGGUUCCAUGGUCAGAGACUACCCAUUUCCAACCGUAGAUGUCCCAGACCACGCUCACUACACUAUUGGUGUUGUCAUCCUUGCUGUAGGCAUCACAGGCUUGCUGGGAAACUUCUUGGUCAUAUAUGCUUUUUGCAGGAGCCGAAGCCUGCGGACACCAUCCAACAUUUUCAUUAUUAAUCUGGCAGUCACAGACUUCCUCAUGUGUCUCACGCAGACGCCCAUCUUCUUCAUCACCAGCAUGCACAAACACUGGAUCUUUGGGAAGAAAGGUUGUGAGCUGUACGCCUUCUGUGGAGCUCUCUUCGGUAUCUGCAGUAUGAUGACACUGAUGGUGAUUGCAGUGGACCGGUACGUAGUGAUCACCAGGCCUCUGGCUUCCCUCGGGGUGAUGUCUCGUAAGAAAGCAUUCACCACUGUGGCUGUUGCCUGGCUCUAUUCAAUGGGCUGGAGUCUGCCGCCCUUCUUUGGCUGGAGUGCCUACGUCCCGGAGGGUCUGAUGACGUCUUGUUCCUGGGACUACAUGACGUUCACCCCUUCUGUCCGCUCCUACACCAUGCUGCUCUUCACCUUUGUCUUCUUCAUCCCUCUCUUUGUCAUCAUUUUCUGCUAUUGCUGCAUCUUCAGAGCCAUUCGACACACAACGCGGGCGAUAACAAAGAUCAAUUGCGAGGGGACCAGAGACUCUGCAAAGAGGUUCCAUAAAAUGAGGAGCGAAUGGAGGAUGGCUAAAAUUGCACUCAUCGUCAUCCUGCUGUUUGUCAUCUCCUGGGCCCCUUAUUCCUGCACAGCCCUCACUGCAUUUGCUGGGUAUGCAGACUUGUUAACUCCUUAUAUGAACUCUGUUCCCGCUGUGAUCGCCAAAGCAUCAGCUAUCCACAACCCCAUCAUAUACGCCAUAACACAUCCUAAAUACAGGUCAGCAAUCAGCAGGUACGUUCCUUACCUCGGGGUAUUACUGUGCAUGAAGGGCAGAGACCGUUUCAGCAGCAGCAGCUUCCAGUCCACCCGCCGAUCAACCCUCACCAGCCAGUCAGAGUUCAAAGGCCCCAGCAGGACUCACAACUCCUCCCAGUCUGAGAGUGAAUCAGCCCAGUUCUCAGACACGGAGGAAGACUACUCUUCUCGAACUCCUGUUAGUCGUCACUUGUCCAGUGAUGCCAAACAGGUGCGUCACGCUAGCCAGAGGUCAAAGGUGAGAGGGUAUAACACAGAGUACGAGAGAACCUCUGCUCACAACGCCACUGAUCCAGCCAUAUGUCACCUCUCACCAAUCACUGCUCUGACAGAACCUGAAGGCAUCUCCAUGUCGGACAUCAGUCUGCAGCCAACCAGCAAUCUGCCAGCUUCUCUGGACAAUGUUAUGAGGGAGUCAGGGCCAAGGACUGUGUGCAAGACCACAUCAUCUGUCAUCGUCACCUCCAUAUCCAGCCCGUCAAUAUUGCACAGUCCCCCAGGUUACCAUGGCAACUUCAAAUUGACCAAAAGUCACAGCCCAGUUGCCAAGGAGACCCUUGACAUAGCCAUGCUGGAGACAACAGCUUUACCAUGAACAGCGGGAGAGAAGUGAAAGCGUGUGAAAGUGUGCGUAUGUAUGCUUCAGUAUUUCUCCCCAAAUGGGAACUUUUCUUACUAGCAUGCUGUUUGCAGGUUAUGAUAACUGUGGACCAUAGCAUUGUUUUUAUGCAUGCAGUGUACAAGUAUGUGUGCGUGUGUGCCCAGUAAAUUUAUGCAUGUGUUUGCACUCAUUUGAAUUUUGUCAUUUCUGACAUAUCAUGGCGGCUGGAGAUUGUUUACCUCAACUGUAAGCAAACUAGCCUUAAGCACAAAAUGUGAAAGGUGGAGUCACACUUGGAUCACACCUGACCUUUCUGGACAUGCUUUCUGGUCAUACUAUGUGAGAUUUGCCAUAAAUGGAGAUGUUCUUUCUGAAUUAUUUCCAUUUCAAAGUGAAAUGUGAGUAUUCUUUAUCUUUACAUACAGAAGUUGAAUGACUGCUGAUGUCAUCAGUUUAUUCUGGGGUGUUACAACUGAAAGUUUUAAAAAUGUUGAGAUUUUAUUUUGUGCAUAGUGUUUAUGUUAAUGCGUAGCUACCGAAAAGUGUCAGAAUCCUACUUUUGAAUUAAGAACCUAUUAAUGCAAAUGAAAAGCAUGUUUUCAAACCAAUCUGCUUCUACAAUAAAAUAGAAUCAGAGCUCUUGUUUUUCUUUUAUAGUGUUUGCCGAAUAAAGAAUGUACUCUAAAUGAUGUAUCUAGUAUAAAUAAUGGACCAGACAGUUUGUAUAUUAAGACUGAAUAAAAUGACUGCUGAUUAUGUGGAAAAACUGGCCGCACUACUGAUCUCACUCAGAAACAACACGUAUUUAAGCCACGUUAAAAUUGUAGUGUUCAGCUCCUGCUCCAUCUGUACCCACACAGUGUUUGCUGAAAAGCUCUACGUGUUGAAACCUGCUGAAAUUUCAGAAUGGCAGGAACAAAGUACGAAACUUUAAUGAAAAGUGUAAAAAAAGAUAUACCAAGGUCCUCCACAGUUAGGAAUUCACCUAUGAAGAUUAAAGCAUUUUUUGUGACUAAUCAAAAUCGAAAACCUCGCCCACACCCACCAAUAUUCCACUUCAAGGUCAUCCCCCUUGAGCACCUAUGGAUGGCUUUGAGCACUUCUGCUACUUUUAGAUUGCUCUAUGCAAUUUUUGUAUGC